CCCCCCCCCCCGCCUCAAGUCUGUCCGGACUCGAACAUACUCACUGGUCCCUGUGUGCGCAGUGGAGGAGACGAGGGCAGGGCCUACCGUCGCGUUGAGUUUGAGGAAUGGCAACGAGAGGGCUGCGAAUGCAAGAAGGCAACCCCGCGGGUCGUUCGGAAGCUUUGUGGUUGUCGCAAGAACGUCUGGUAUCGUCAGGAGUGCCGGAAAACCGAGGCGCAACCCGGUGGCGUUCUGGUCAUCCACCGCAUCCGAGAGAAGCUGGCUUCACAGUCCGGUAAAGAAUCGCCCGUGUGCAAAGUGGAGGUACGGAAGUCGGUCAGGAAAAUUGGUAAGUCUGGGAACGCCUCGGUCCUCUUUACACUCUCUGAAAAAGGUGACAUUCGCUGGAAAAUUAACCAAAAUAGUCAUUAUCAGUCCUCCUUGAAUUGGCGCUCUUACCUCUGGCAGCCAAGUACGCCAACUUCCUACCACACAUUGUGCCUCUGAAAAAAGGGACUCAACAAUUUUUGUAAAACAUCAAUUUGCACACGAGCGACGAGUUUUUAUUGGUUAAGUCUCCGGCGGACUAAGACCACCUCCCCCACUGGGGCGCAAGUGAGCGCAGGCAACACUCACGCAUUAACGGCGGCGUUGGCGCGCGCGUGCCAUGGGGAGGCAACCAAUGAGUGCACCGAUGACGUGACGCAGUUAUCCAAUCACAUGUCCCAUCACUCCUAUCGCGUGAAGUCGCGUUAGGAGCACAUCUAGUCGCCGUAGAAUGCUACACGGCCAGGGCCUUUAUUCCUAACAAGACUGGCGCAAACUGUAGAUAACUAAAACGCCAAAGUAGCACCUUUACGUUUCGAGUAGUAGAGUAACUCCGAGUUCUCGCCAGUUGCCCUGAGUUGAGCGUCGCGAAUCCCAUAUCCAACAAACAUGUCCUGGGGGGACAAGCUGGAACUGACUAGGCUGGUGAACUUCUCCAAACAUGAAACGGCAACCGAGGCAUUUUCCUCGGAAACAACCACUCAUCCUCUUAAUCCUAGGUUAUGCAUUAUAAGUCAUUUAGUAACAAAACAGCCAAGCAACAUUUUCAUGGAGACUGUAAAGCCCAGGUUAAUCAUUCACUCAGAUCAGUUUUAUUAAUGGAAAGGUAGGCGAGCGCCUUUAAACUCCCUUUUGGUUACAAUAAUGUCAUAAAAAACAAUAUGUAAGGCGAGUGUCAAGAAAAGUAGAUAAGUAAUUACAUGCAUCAAGCAUUGGUUACUGGUAUACAUUUGUUUGUGAAUGCCUUCUAUGUCAAAAUUAUACAAUAACCGGUACGCGGUACUGAAUGGACCAAGUACUAUCGAGGCAAGCGUAUAUGCUUCGGUCAGGAGGUAACGAAAAUUCAACACGUAAGGCUACUUUAAUAUAGGGGGUAGCAUGCUUUGUAACGUAAAACGUGGGGGCGGGUGGUUUUGACAGAUUUUUAUUACUGUAUACUCGGUGGGGAAAAACACGGCGGCCCUCUGGGAUUCGAACGCGCAACCGCAGGGGCAGGUCUCAAAGACAGCCAACACUCUAGCCACCUGAGCUUCGAGGCCCUGACCGGAAGCCUUGAGUUUGAGCUAACUUACUCACUUGACUUGCCAGGUAUUCAUUUUAAGGAUUUUAUACCGAUUAGUUAGGAAACCCUGGCUAGACAGUAAGCUUGCUGUAUUAAAACUGACAAAUUCCAUAGACUACGGUAGGUUGGGUGGGUCCUCAUGGCACAAGUGAUUUGAGUGUUGACUGUAAUCCAGCCGUGUCCUUGGUGUCAUGGGUUCGGAUCCCUCUGAUGCCGCCAAGUCUUGCACAACUGAAUAGUCCGCUAAUCGAUCACUGUCCUGCCUGGUUCUUUCAUGCCAUCAAUCAAACGCUCCGAACUGGUAAUGAGUACAUGGGAACAGAAAUCUUCCUUGUUUUAAUUGAGGCAUGCAUGUACAAAUCUCGCGAGUUCCUUUCUGCUUGUAAUCUGAGAUCUGGCGAGUAGACCGCGUGUUCCCUUAAAAUCUAGGAAUUCGUGUUUUUAAUCAAGGCCUGUUUUCUCUUUCCCUCCAUCAGAAUGUCCACCGCCGAGAGCCCGUUACACCAACUGUGUGAACGGAACUCUCUGGGUGACAAUAGAGCUGGUAACUUUGCGGGACUGCAAGUGCGAAACAUCGCGAUUCCGACGACCCCUCAAGUGCAUGCAAUUCAACCGGGCCGGCGAACGAACGGACGGAGGCGAACCCCUGCUGCCUAGACUGCGUCAUCCCUACGACGGAAAUAACACCGAUCGUUUGCCCUCCAGACUCAUGGAUGGCCAGUGGCGAAGAUCCAUGGAAGCGCUUACACAGAGGUUACAAGAACUGGGUCUGUCCAACGUCAAGGCUUGGCCCGGCGAUGCGCAGAAAUUGCUGGGUGCGGGCCCUGCAGUACUGCCCAAAACAGGCAUGCUUGCGCCGCCAGCUGGACUCGCAGGACCCAUGCCUCAACUGCUCUCAGGAGCCAAGAAGGUCCCUCAAGGACAUCAGCAGUCGCUCCUGGGUCAUCUGCCAGAAAUGCUCUUCAAGGGAUUAAAAGUGCCUGCAGUGCCGUCUCCACUGGGGCGGGUCCAAAGGCCGUCAUCGGGAAGGGCGCGGAGGCCGGGUCUCCUGCUCUUCAACGAUCUGCCCAAAGGUCGACUGCCGCAGCGGUCCCGCAGCCGGGAAGAGACGACAAAGCGACCGAUAACUCAGACUAUCCACAGUCAACCGUCCAUUUCACCACCUCCGGUCCUCCCUUCAGUGCCAGAAUCCCUGAACUUUGUCCAGUGUGCGGACAUUCUGCCGUCAGAGAAGUGUCUUCAGCUGGAGAGAAAGCCGCACUCGAGUUGUGACAAGCCUGGUCAAAUCCGUGACCAUCUAUGUCGCCAAACCUGCAGAACGUGUCAGGGUAAGUCUUCUUCUUCUUCUUCUUCUCCCCCUCCUCCUCAUCCUCCGGAGUACGUACUGCAUUGUUGCUUGACCGUCUUUAUGGUGACAUGACAGGUCGAAUGUUACAAUCGACGUCGAUUACAACUUCUUUACGAGGUUGGCCGAGCAGAGCCGACUUGCGCAUGAAUUAGUUUGCAGUGGGGCGGACUUGUGCUGUAUCUACCGCACUCCCUUCUCUCCUACCCACGAUUGCAAGCUAUAGCCAAAAAAAACUGGAGGUAAAUGAAGACCCAGUGACUGACAUAGCUAAGCGGCCCGUUUACGCAUGCCACACACGGCCUGGUUCCCACGUCGCUCACGGACAAACUGCCAGAAAGGUUCACGUCGCGAAGGAGCCGUUUGCCGCCUGACGAAUUACUUCAUCAGUUAGCAGUCUUCGGGGCCACGACUGCUAAUGCAUCUUGAUAGGUUCAAGCACGUCAAAUUUAUUAUAGUAGAUUUAAUAGUGCAGCCCGCGUUUAUUAGCCUCUUGUAUGUAUUUUUCGAAUCCCACACAAACAUCUUCAUUCUGCAGAACUCUAAUGCCAUCAAGAGAGCCAAGAUGGCUGAAACCAAACAUUGACCUAGUAGCCGACGUAACAUGUCUUUCGCGUCUCGCCACUACCACAGUGUACCGCUAGUUGGUCAUUUCCGCUGAAUGUGAAUUCAAGCAGUCAGAGAGUCCCAUCCGAGCCAACAAAUAAUCGGGUUUCGAGGUAUGUUUUUUCUUCGCUUAACCACUGUGAAGGCUGGUUUCCUCGAUUAAGCCCAAAAUAUCAGCUGUCCCCACUUCCACACGUCUUUGCUGACAUGGCGGUGUGUCGGGCGAAACUUGGGGCACACGUUUAUUCACGCCCGAAAUCAGAGAAAAAAAGAUUGGUCGGUAUUUCCAGGGCAAGGUCCGUUUUUCAGGCUGUUAAAUUAAAAUAUCCAGUAGCAAGUUCCAUUGAAUAAGUGACAUGACAGUCGGACCGUCGCAAAGGAUGUUUUACAACGAUUAUCCCACAGUGUUGGUGAAUAGGUCAAUUUAGUGCGGUUAGUUUAUAGUGAGAACACUUGCUUAGCAUCUACCUCACUCCCUCCUUCCGCUGUUGGCAAGACAAUGCCAGAAUGACCGGAGGUGGGCUCAGGUGCACUGGCUGACAAAGCUUAGCAGACCAUUUACCAGUUGGCGAGUGUACGUUUGCUUUCGAUAAAUCCUCGUCAGGCCAGUACAGUUAAAUGGGAACGGGGUAGAAGUAAAAACAUGUCCGUGAGUAGAGAAAGCGAUCAAAGUUUCGCCACAAAACACCGGUAGGGUGUAGGAAUAUGCUGGGGGAGGCAAUACCAGUCACAACUUUAAAACAGUCCAAUUAUGAAUGGUUGCUGCAAGUACCUGGGUUCGUAUUCCCGCAGGUCGUAGAUUGGCGACUGUGAAGUGUUCAACGCUCCGGCUGUUCUGAAUGCAGAUGGUCGUGGCUCAGGAGUCCCCGAUGUUCAACGAACUUUUCAACUGCAGCUUUCUACUGACUUGCUUCAUUUGAUUUCCAGACUGCCCACUGAACCGAACAGACUUUGAGAUUGUUCACGCGGAGGAGGGCGCAAAUGCCUGUCUGUUGACAGACCGUCGUCUGGACCGGCGCUACUUCAUUCGUCAGCUGAAGGAGGUCGGAUUUGCGGAAUGCAGGCGUGUCUGUGCCGCCGAGCCGCAUUGCCUGAGCUUUGACUUCUACGUGCCGAGUGCCAACAGCGAGGACGACUUCAAACAACCAAAGGUGCUGCCGGGCAGUUGCGUGCUGAAUCGUGUCGACCUUCGCACCCUGCGCAGAAGGACGCUUCCGGAGCUGGUUCCUGUCGGAGCGACGCACGAGGCGCUGAAGGCGCAUGAAGCUGCUCGAUGUCUGCUCUUCAGAAGAGUCUGUCUAGAAGGUGAGCGUCUUGCCACUGAUUCGCGCCCGCACACACAUGCCAGUGACGCUGACUUGUUCAUGCCCUUUCAGACUGUGAACUGCCCAAACUGCAGUACACAUCAGCAUGUGAGUGCGAACAGAUGAAGUCCAGCUAUCCCUUCGCGGAGGAGAUCUUGACGGGUUCUGAGCCGAAAUCCGGACGCAUGCACUGCACGCGCAAGGCAACACUGAUCAGCCACGUGCACGGCACCGAUGGAAAAUGUCAGCAGCGAACUCGUCAGUUGUCAGUGGUCUGUCAGCCAAGCCAGAGGGAUCAACUGCAGCAGCUUCUGAACACCCACCGCCUCCGCAGCACCAAUGAGAGUGGGAACCCUUGUGUUGACCAGAGACCCACGAGCUGGUGUGAGGAAUCCGCACGGGUCGGCGGCUGCAAGGAUGCGUUGGUAAAAAAGGUAUCUGCAUUAUCGCUGCUAUGCAUGACUGAGACGAUUGUCUAG